AUGGAAUUUGCCACUGGCUGGAGGAUCUCCAUCCCGGCCAGAAUAGAAGAAGACAUAACAGUAAUCAGGAGGUUGAGAGUCAGGCUUGAAGGUGCCUUGGUUCAGUCUGGGAGAACUGAUGGCAAAAUCAUGGGAAAUGCAGAUGCCGCACAGCAAGGUGUCAGUGCUGUCCAGGGCAGCACAGCCAGACAUCCAUUUCACAAUGCAAAUGAAGAAUGCCUGAAGAGCAUAAAAACUUUUGCAAGUGAGACCCAUUCUUUUGUUAAUGGUGGAAAUGACAUGAAGAACCUGUGUUGGUUUUUAUGUGUUUGCCUAAAAUAUAACAUCAUCGUCCAUGAUUUGGAUGAUGGUGAGGAUCAUCAGGCAACAUGUCAUUUGAAGCUCUGGUUCCAGCUCUAUGCCAGGAAAGGAGGAGACAGAUCUGAUUCUUGUGGUUUUGAACAUGUUUUUGUUGGAGAAAUGCCUGGUAAUGCCUUAGGUUUGCACAACUGGGUGAUAUUUUACCUUCAGGAAAAGCGCAACUACAAGGGAUAUGUUGCUCGGAAGAACAAAGCCAGGCCUGACAAAGAUGACCAGUUGAUGAGCAUCCAGUUCAGCUGGAAGGGCUCAGUCAAGCCAAUUGGAAGCACCUUUCCUAGUGUGAGCCUGGAGUUUGAAUUUGCCCUUUACACUGUCAUUUUCCUGCUGGCUGAAGAAAGUGUCAUGCAUGAAACAGUGAAGAUAGAGGAAUAUGAGCUACAGGUGGUUGCUUGCUGCCACGGGCAACACAUUAGAACAGCAUAUCCAGUACUCCUCAGCACCAGUAGUGAAGACUAGUAGUUAGAGUGAUCAGGCAACAUUUCUUUUUUUUUUUUUUGGGGGGGUGGG